UGGCAAGUCUUAACUCAUGCUAUGACACCGUUGUCUGUCCUUAUGAUAUGGAAGGGGCUGAUGGUCAUCACUGAUUGUAAAAGCCCCAUUGUUGUGGUGCUCAGUGGCAGCAUGGAACCAGCUAUUCACAGAGGAGACCUCUUGUUCUUAACAAAUUUUCAGGAUGACCCACUCAGAGCUGGUGAAAUAGUUGCUUUUAAAGUUGAAGACAGAGACAUUCCAAUAGUUCACAGAGUGAUCAAAAUACAUGAAAAAAAAAACGGGAACAUCAAGUUUUUGACCAAAGGUGAUAAUAAUGUAGCUGAUGAUAGAGGCUUGUACAAAGGUCAGAAGUGGUUAGAGAGGAAAGAUGUUGUUGGAAGAGUGAGAGGAUGUUUGCCAUAUGUGGGUCUGGUAGCUAUAAUAGUGAUUGAAUAUCCAAAAUUGAAGUGUGCUCUCUUGGCAGCAACAGGAGUGUAUGUACUGCUGAAGUGGAACUCCUAA